AGAUUGUCUUCCGCCUUUCCUUUCAGAGGGCUCUGCCGGAGGCCGCAUCGUCUUUUUUCUACUGUUGCGCGACGUCCCGCUGUCAGUUUCUCCUUUUGCUCUGAGCCAGCAGUGUAAAAAAGGGCUCCUACCUUUUCGUUCGGGCUUGUCAAGGUUGUGUCCGCUGACUGGUAGCUGCCACCAUGCCGAAAAACAAAGGAAAGGGAGGUAAAAACAGAAGACGAGGUAAGAAUGAGAAUGAAUCUGAAAAAAGAGAAUUGGUUUUUAAAGAGGAUGGACAAGAAUAUGCCCAAGUUAUCAAAAUGUUGGGAAAUGGCAGACUGGAGGCAUUAUGUUUCGAUGGUGUAAAAAGGCUGUGUCAUAUCAGAGGAAAGUUAAGAAAAAAGGUUUGGAUAAAUACAUCAGAUAUCAUAUUGGUGGGUUUAAGAGACUACCAGGAUAACAAGGCUGAUGUCAUUCUAAAAUACAAUGCAGAUGAAGCCAGAAGCCUGAAGGCAUAUGGAGAACUUCCAGAGCACGCCAAAAUUAAUGAAACUGAUACAUUUGGGCCUGGUGAUGAUGAUGAAAUCCAAUUUGAUGAUAUUGGAGAUGAUGAUGAAGAUAUUGAUGAUAUCUAAAUGGAACUGAGAGGAAUACAUCCCAACUUUCCACCUCAAUUGUUUUCAAAUCCUUAUGCCUAAGAAGACUGAAACUGCACAACAUUUGUAGUUACAGUACACCAAUAUGUACCCAAUGUUUAAGUAUUUAUAUUUCUUUAAAAACAGAAGUUGGACUCAAAACUUAAAUGAAAUAAUGCGGCAAUUUUUUUCUCUACAAUAGACUCUCAUCUGUAUGUAAAUACAUAUACUAUAAACUCUCACAUUGGUUUAUCUGUUUUCAUCAAUAAAUAUCAUUGAUGUAUUUUUGAAAUAAAAAAUAUCGCCCUAUAAUUAUCAAGAAUUUUGAUUAAAUGCUAAUUCAGGUUAGUAUUCAGUUGGCAGGUGUACUGUAGUUUCUUAGUAUCCCUUGACAACAAAGAAGAAUUCAUUAA